AUAAUCCUAGAUUCGGGAGUGUGUCUCAUAACAAUUUGAGCUCAUCCUUACCAAGUCUUAUUGGGUCAGAUGUACCCUAUGUCCAAUAAAUGCUUGCAUUUACAUCCGUUUGUUGCACAUUGAAGACUACUACCAAUAAUGUAUCUACAUACUCUGGAUCAUGUGUUUUAUACCCACAAUUUCCCCGUUCAGCAGUUCUUAGACAAGUCCACGCCUAGUCGUCCAUUAAAGACAUGGCCACACACCUAGAUCAUACUUUCCCUCUUAAAUAAUUCUUGGAUUGGUGAUUGUAAACAGCACAUUAUUGUAAACAUGUAUCUUCCAUGGCUUUUUUUCCUAGUCGCCUCAAUGGUUGCAACCACAUUGGUUGGGACGAACUCGUUAAUAACACCAAAAACCAUGAUCACAGCCACAAACACAACCAAACCUGGUUGCCAACGCAAAUGUGGUAACUUGACCAUUCCAUACCCGUUUGGCAUUGGCGAUAAUUGUUCCCUCAAUCAGAUGUUUAGUAUCAUAUGCAACAACUCCUACAACCCAGCUAGAGCCUCUUCUGUCAUAACCACUGCAUUGUCUGAAAUCUUGGAUAUAACUGAAUCCCAAUUAAUAUUUCGGAAUACUCGGAAUCAGAUAGCCUGGAGUUGCUAUGGAUCCCUUGAAAAAAUCCGCCCUACGUCGUCCGGUGCUAUAGAUUUGGGCGUCAGUAUACUUACGAUAUCACAUACUUCAAACAAGCUCACGGUCCUUGGCUGCAAUGAUUAUUCAGUGUUUAAUGGUUAUGUAAUAGGCGAUCAGCAGAGCUUAAAUAGUGGUUGUAUUGCCUUGUGCAACAAAACUGUUGCUUCCCUAGGUUCUUGUCCGGGCUCUGGAUGCUGCCAGAUGUCCAUCCUAAUUGGCUUGCAAUCGUUCGUCAUUAGAUCUUCCACUUUACCAGAAGGGGACGCACCCUUGUCUAAUUAUUGUAGCUAUGCUUUCCUUGGUCAAAAUGGUAGCUUCAGCUUCCAUGGUGCUUCUGAUUUGACAACUAAUACUAGUGUUGUGCUUGAUAGAAUCACACAGCAAGUUCCUCUUGUGCUCGAGUGGACUUUAGGAUAUGAAAGUUCCUGCAAAGCAGCGAAAAACGCGAGUUCAAGUAAUGAGUCUAAUAGCCCAUAUGCUUGUCAGUCAAAUACCCACUGUAUUGAUACUGAUACUGGUGGAUAUCGUUGCAGCUGCCUCCCUGGUUAUGAGGGUAAUCCUUAUCUUCAACCCGGUUGCACAGACAUCAACGAGUGUGCUGCUGGUCCGAAUAAUCCGUGUACCAUGGUUUGUGCUAACACUCCUGGGAGUUACAAAUGCUCUUGUCCUAGUGGAUAUUUUGGAGAUGGACAAAAAUUUGGGAUUCGUAACAUUGGUUGUGUAAAGAUUAUAGUUCAGAGCUCUAACAAGAAAGUCACUCUUGGAUUAGGCAUAUCAUUGGGAUCAAUACUUCUGAUCUUUGCUGGUUGGUGGUUGUCCACUGUCGUGAGGAAGCGAAGGAUUAAGAAGCAAAAAGCUAUAAACUUUGAACGAAAUGGCGGGCUGUUGUUGCAACAACAUAUGGCUACUGAUGAAAGUGCCGUGGCACGAAUAAAAAUCUAUACGUUUGAUGAGUUAGAAAGAGCCACAGAUCACUUCAAUGAGGAUAGAGUACUUGGAAAAGGAGGUCAAGGUAUUGUUUAUAAAGGAAUGUUGGGUGAGGGAAGAAUUGUUGCCAUAAAAUUGUGUAAAGUGAUUGAUGAAAAAACUCACAGUGGAGAUCUUAUUAAUGAGAUGGUGAUCGUAUCACAAGUUAAUCACAGGAAUAUUGUGAAGUUAUUAGGAUGCUGUUUAGAAAGUGAGGCCCCGUUACUGAUUUAUGAGUAUAUUCCGAAUGGAACUCUCUCUGAACAUCUUCAUUCUCCAAGCGAUGAUUUUCAAAUCACUUGGAAAAUGCGCUUGCAAAUCGCUUCUGAUUCAGCCGGAGCACUUUCUUAUCUCCAUUCAUCAUCUUCCAUUCCCAUUUUUCAUAGAGACAUAAAAUCUUGCAACAUACUUUUGGACGAUAAAUACAGGGCCAAGUUGUCAGAUUUUGGGACUUCGAAGUCUAUUUCUAUUGAUCAAACCCAUGUAAGUACUCGUGUCAUGGGUACAUUUGGGUAUUUGGAUCCAGAGUACUUUCAAUUAGGCCAGUUUACCGAAAAAAGUGAUGUUUAUAGUUUUGGAGUGGUUCUUGUCGAGCUUUUAACAGGGCAAAAGGCAAUACGAAGUGCAUUUGAGGAAGAUAGAAGUUUGACACAAUGGUUUCUAUCACAAAUGGAAAUAUGUCAUAUGGAGAACUCUCGCUUGCUUGAUAUUGUAGAUUCACAAGUCUUGCAAGAGGGUACGAAACAAGAAUUCCUCGUCAUCGCUAAUAUAGCAAAGAGAUGUUUGAACCCUGACGGAAAAGGAAGACCGACCAUGAAAGAAGUUCUUCUAGAGAUAGAAGCAGUUAUGUCACUUCAUUUACCCAAAACAAAGGAAGAAGUAUGGCCAAAAUCAAAGCAACUGGUGAUUGGAUCAAUAGGUAGUAGUGAUGGUUUCACAAGUUCUACUACUAGCACAUUUUACUUGGAAAAUAGCUCUUUAAGUUCUGCUGAAGCGUCUUUGUUAUUCAAUGCUAUGUGAUGCAGUACUUCUACACUGAUGAAUCAUAUUCUAUAAAGUUUUCCUCCCCAUUUCUUUUUCCUGCAAGUUCACAUCUUUUGUUGUACGAAUGUAACUAGUUCUAUACUUCUAUCCCUCACAAGGCUAGCUAAUGUAUUCAACUCUAUAUUUCGGAUUGUAGUAGUACAGUGUAAUACUUUGUAAGAGACCUUGCUUAUAUAAUUUGUCCCUUUAACAAACAAAAGACGCAUAUCAUUAUUUUUUAUGAAUAAC